AUGGUUCCCGCCGAGAAGAAGGGCAAGAAAGUUGCUCGCCCACAGAAAGCUGCUCCAGACACUGCAGAGAAGGCAAAACAAGCAAGUCGAAAGCAAUCAUUGAAGAGACCGUCAACUGGUGAAAACAACCAAAAUAAGUCUGCUUCAGCCGGAGUUUCGAAAAGACAGAAGAAGACGGAGCAGACACCGCGGACCAGCUCAUCAACUUUGCAGGACAGAGACGAGGGGACACCUCUAUCGGAAGAAAGAGCCUCAUCCACAGAACCUGAAUACAUACUCGCUGAGAUAACUACUGUCGACAGUCGGAAGAACCGCACGGCUGACAAUAUAUCCGCUGAUCCACAAGUUGAUUAUAAGCUCGUUACCACCAUCUUACACGAAAUUGCCUUUAAAAAGAAGAAGACCCGGAUAACAAAAGAUGCAGUCAAGCUUUUUGCAAAAUACAUUGAAAGCUUUGCCAGCGAGGCCGUGGGCCGUUCAAUUGAAGAGAAACGCGCCAUUAACACAGCUGGGAUAGAGACGUCUGACAUAAGGACGGAAGCUAAAAAUAAUAAUUAUUUGGAGACCGAGGAUUUGGAGAGAGCCUAUCCGCAGUUAAUGCUUGAUUUCUGA